GUGAUAACGCAAGCACACUUCCGGUUUCCGGGCCGGUGUGAGGCUUUACUGCGAGCAGCAUGAACUCUGAUGGAGCUGUGAGGAGUUUAGGAGCUGUUUUAUUCCUGCUUAGCUUCCUCACAGUGACGAGUGCUGAAGUAGGAGAGCCCCUUCACGCAGACACUCAGGCUGAUGCUGAUGCUGAUGCUGAUGCUGCGGGUGCAGGUGCAGGUGGAGUCUCCGCUCCCUCUGUCCACAUGGAGAAAGCGUACGGCUUCCUGAGCUGUGUGUUCGCCCUGCUGCUCUACGGCACCUACAACGUCCCUGUCAAAAAGGUGGAAACUGGAGACGGCAUGUUCUUCCAGUGGAUCUCCUGCGCUGCCAUCUGGCUCGUGGCCCUCAUAGGAGACUUUCUGCUGCGAUCCUCGAAAGCUCAUCCAGCUGCCAUGCUGGGAGGAAUGAUCUGGGCUACCGGAAAUAUCUCCUCAGUGCCGGUGGUGAAGUGCAUUGGUCUGGGUCUCGGGAUGCUGCUUUGGGGAGCCAGUGGUCUGCUUAUCGGCUGGGCGAGUUCACGGUUCGGUUUGUUUGGACUGGAACCGGAGGUGGUGUCGAGACCUGUGUUGAAUUACUGUGGUGCCGCUCUCUGUCUGCUCAGUGGUUUUAUAUUCUUCUUCGUGAGAAGCGACAUGAAGAAACCUUCAUCCCCUGAAACAACACCGAUUCUCAUACAGGAGAGAUCGUUCUCUGAAGGUCUGCGCUCCGGUGACUCGUGGGUGGACACAAUAUCGCCAAAAGCCAGAAGACCGCUUGGCUGUAUCGUAGCGGUUUUCUCAGGUUUGCUGUACGGCUCCUCGUUCGUGCCGAUUCUGUACAUUAAACACCACGCAGUGAGUAAUAACAGCAUGUUCACUGGCUCCAGUCAGAACGAUCUGGAUUACUGUUUCGCUCAGAGCAGCGGGAUUUUCCUCAUGAGUACGGUUUAUUUUGGCAUCUACUGCGCCGUGAUGAAGAACCGACCGCGAGUUUACCCCAGAGCCGUUUUACCAGGGUUUCUGACGGGUGUGAUGUGGGGAAUUGCGACGUACUGCUGGUUGAUGGCGAACCGCCGCCUCGGCCCCGUGGUCACCUUCCCCAUAGUGACGGCUGGUUAUGGUUUAGUGGCUGCUCUGUGGGGAAGUGUGGUCUUCAAGGAGGUCAAAGGGCUGGGGAACGGCCUGCUGUUUGCUCUGGCGUCCUGCAUGGUUCUGACCGGUUCUCUCCUCACCGCCUUCUCCAACCUCUGAGACCUUCUGAUUAAUGUCGACUGUUUAUGAUGAUGAGAUCUCAGAUUAAUGAUGUCUAAUGGUGAUGAUUAAUGAUGAUCUUGUGAAGAGUUAUUUAUUUGAAUUAAAUCCUUUUGUUCAUUUGGA